AGUGACAGGAGGCAGGAGCUGCGUCUGCGCAGGAAGCUGGCGGGGGUGGGGGUGGGGGGAGGAACAUGGCGCAAGCUCUGUCUGAAGAGGAGUUUCAGCGGAUGCAGGCUCAGCUCCUGGAACUCCGGACAAACAAUUACCAGCUUUCAGAUGAACUACGCAAGAAUGGUGUUGAACUCACCAGUCUUCGACAGAAGGUUGCCUACCUGGAUAAGGAGUUCAGCAAAGCUCAGAAGGCACUGAGCAAGAGCAAGAAAGCUCAGGAAGUCGAGGUGCUGCUGAGUGAAAAUGAGAUGCUGCAGGCAAAGCUGCACAGCCAGGAGGAGGACUUCCGUCUGCAGAACAGCACACUUAUGGCCGAGUUCAGCAAGAGCCCCCAGUGCUCACAUAACCGUUGGCCUCACUGCCUCACCCCUCACGGCCUCCUGCCUCCAACCUCCAUGGGAUCAUGGUUCUUGCAGAGUGAGCUCUGCAGCCAGAUGGAACAGCUGGAACGAGAGAACCAGCAACUAAAGGAGGGGACUACUGGAGGAGGGGUUGCCCAAGCUGGGCCUCUCGUGGAUGGGGAGCUUCUGAGACUACAGGCAGAAAACACAGCCUUGCAGAAGAAUGUGGCAGCCCUGCAGGAGCGCUAUGGGAAAGAGGCCGGGAAGCCCUCAGCUGUCACUGAAGGCCAAGGGGACCCCCCAGGGGGGCCAGCCCCCACUGUCCUGACCCCCAUGCCAUUGGCAGAGGUGGAGCUGAAAUGGGAAAUGGAGAAAGAGGAAAAGAGAUUGCUCUGGGAGCAGCUGCAAGGCUUGGAGAGCUCAAAGCAGGUGGAAACAUCCAGGCUGCAGGAGGAACUUGCUAAGCUUUCUGAGAAACUGAGAAAGAAACAAGAAAGUUUUUGCCGUCUGCAGACAGAAAAGGAGAUGCUAUUUAAUGACAGCAGGAACAAGAUUGAAGAGUUACAACAGCAGAAGGAAGCUGAUCUCAAAGCCCAGUUGGCUCGAACCCAGAAACUGCAGAAGGAACUUGAGGCUGCCAAUCAGAGCUUGGCAGAGCUGAGAGACCAGCGGCAGGGAGAGCGCCUGGAGCACGCAGCAGCUUUGCGGGCCCUGCAAGAUCAGGUGUCCAUCCAGAGUGCAGAUGCGCAGGAACAAGUGGAAGGGCUUUUGGCUGAGAACAAUGCCUUGAGGACUAGCCUGGCUGCUCUGGAGCAGAUCCAAACGGCAAAGACCCAAGAACUAAAUAUGCUCCGGGAACAGACCACUGGGCUGACAGUUGAGCUACAGCAGCGGCAGGCUGAGUACGAGGACCUCAUGGGACAGAAAGAUGACCUCAACUCCCAGCUCCAGGAGUCAUUACGGGCCAAUAGUCGGCUUCUGGACCAACUUCAAGAAAUAGGGCAGGAGAAGGAGCAGUUGACCCAGGAACUACAGGAGGCCCGGAAGAGUGCUGAGAAGCGGAAGGCCAUGCUGGAUGAGCUAGCGAUGCAGACAAUGCAGGAGAAGUCCCAGCACAAGGAAGAGCUGGGAGCUGUCCGACUCCAGCAUGAAAAGGAGGUUCUUGGAGUGCGUGCCCGCUAUGAGCGUGAGCUCCGAGAGCUGCAUGAAGACAAGAAGCGGCAGGAAGAGGAGCUCCGUGGGCAGAUCCGGGAGGAGAAGGCUCGAACACGGGAGCUGGAGACUCUCCAGCAGACAGUGGAAGAACUUCAAGCUCAAGUGCACUCCAUGGAUGGAGCUAAGGGCUGGUUUGAACGGCGCUUGAAGGAAGCUGAGGAAUCCCUGCAGCAGCAACAGCAGGAACAAGAGGAAGCCCUCAAGCAGUGCCGAGAGCAGCAUGCCGCCGAGCUGAAGGGCAAGGACAAGGAGCUACAGGGUGUGCGGGAUCAACUCCAACAGGCCCAGGAAGAGCUAGACUGCCACCUGAAGACCAUCAGCGUCCUGAAGCAGGAGGUGAAGGACACAGUGGAUGGGCAGCGGAUCCUGGAGAAGAAGGGCAGCGCUGCUCUCAAGGACCUCAAACGGCAGCUGCACCUGGAACGGAAACGCGCGGACAAGCUUCAGGAGCGGCUGCAGGACAUCCUUACCAACAGCAAGAGCCGCUCAGGCCUUGAGGAACUGGUUCUCUCAGAGAUGAACUCACCAAGCCGGACCCAGACAGGGGACAGCAGUAGCGUCUCCUCCUUCAGCUAUCGGGAGAUCUUACGGGAGAAGGAGAGUCCAGCUGUUCCAGCCAGGUCCUUGUCCAGCAGCCCUCAGGCCCAGCCUCUUCGGCCAGCAGAGCUGUCAGAUGAGGAAGUGGCUGAGCUCUUUCAGCGGCUGGCGGAGACACAGCAGGAGAAAUGGAUGUUGGAAGAGAAGGUGAAGCACCUGGAAGUGAGCAGCGCCUCCAUGGCAGAGGACCUCUGCCGGAAGAGUGCCAUCAUUGAGACCUACGUCAUGGACAGCCGGAUUGAUGUGUCUGUGGCAGCAGGCCACACAGACCGCAGCGGGCUGGGCAGUGUCCUGAGAGACCUAGUGAAGCCAGGCGACGAGAACCUUCGGGAGAUGAACAAGAAGCUGCAGAACAUGCUGGAGGAGCAGCUCACCAAGAAUAUGCACUUGCACAAGGACAUGGAAGUUCUGUCCCAGGAAAUUGUGCGGCUCAGCAAGGAGUGCGUGGGGUCUCCUGACGCAGACCUAGAGCCUGGAGAAACCAGCUAAAGACCUUCAGACUUCACCCACUCCCUCCCCUUCAUAACCCCCAGGAUGCCAUUCCCUUGGGCUGUGGUGGGGAUGUGGGGGCCAGAGCCAACAUCGGAUAGGUUGGGAGACUGGACAUUAAAGGGGCUGGAUGCCUGAUG